AUGACCAUAGAAGAAAUUCAACAAAAUGAAUUGGAUUCUGUCGGAGAAAUAAGAGAAUUCAAAACUAAGCUUCAAAUACAGUUUGAAUAUGAAGCUUUUUCUGAAACUCGCAGUGUCCAUUUAAAAGCCAUUACUAAAGACUCAAUAGAAGAACAAAUGGAGGACUUCCGAGAAAAAUAUAGCGUUAACAUUGAGAAGUUAACAGAUAAAUUGAAAAGGUGCACGCCAACACAAGCUGUGCCAUCUACUAUGAAACUACAGGAGAUUAAGAUUCCGAUAUUUUAUGGCGAGAUGAAUCAAUGGUCAUCAUUUAGCGAUCUUUUCCAAGGUUUGGUGCAUAAUUCGAAGCACUUUACUGAAGUAGAAAAGAUGUUCCGGCUGAAGUCGUCAUUAGGAGGAGAAGCUGGAAGAUUAAUUCAGCAUUUACCGGUAACCGAAUACAACUAUGAAGCCGCUUGGCAAAUCCUCCAGGAAAGAUAUGAAAACAAAAAGCUGCAAUUCACAACACAAGUGGACAGACUUCUUGAUCAACCAACAGCAAAUAGGGAAAGUGCGGCAAGCAUGAAGCAGCUUUUGCAUACCACCAAGGAAUGCAUUUAUGCUCUUAAAGGGCUUAAAUUGAAUUUAAAUGACGAGCAAGCAAUUAUAGCUCGGAUAGUUGUUCGGAAACUAGACGAAGAAAGUCUCCGGUUAUAUGAGCAGAAUGUCAGAAAACUAGGGAUAUCCAAAGCCUAG